AGAGCUUCUAAUCCAACCUCCCUGCUAAAGCAGGUACGUACGCAAAACGCCUCCAAAAACAUGCUGUGUUUUGGGGCCAGCAAGGUUGCCAGGCAUGCUGUCUGGUCCCCAGCCCAGGGCACGUCAAUCUCUGUGAGGUGACACUCCUCGGUGCGAUGUCACAGUGGCUGUCUCUUAGUCCUCUGUGGCAGCGGUGGGAGCGGUGGCUCAGUAGCUUGUGGAAGCUGCAGGAGGAGGACCCAGAGAGAGCACUGUGUCUGUCUGGAGACAUCCUGCUGUGAUGGAGCGGCUGAGAGCCCUUCGAGGUCUCUUUGCUUGUGUGGGCUGCAUGCCCAGGCGUACGCGUCGCGGGAGCAGAGGCAGGGUGGCAAGCUCUGUCCCUGCCUGUCCUGUGACUUUGCUGCUGCAGCGCCUGCAAGACAGGGAGGGUGACCGAGCGCAGGCGUACUGCCAGCUGGAGAGCGCCCUGUGGGAAGAGGGCAGCCGCCCGCCGUGCGGGGUGGCGAACCGGCUGCUGGCAGAGGUGUCUCGGGACCUGACGGCGGCCCAGGGCGUGACAGACAACCUGAGGAUGGCUGCCAGCAAUGUCCUGGUGGCUCUGGCACGGUCGCACUUCAGCUUGGUGAUGGCCGAGCUCCAGGGCCACCUGAAGGCCAUGGGGGAGAUGUCCAAGGAGUUUGUGCUCAUCACCCUCAGCAAGCUGUUCAGCAUCUACGCUCCGCAGUGCAUCGCCUUCAUGUGGCUGAUACUGGCCGGCCUGCGCAGCGUGGCCGGCCAGGUGAGGAGCGGCCGCGCCCUGCGCGUCGCUUGUGCUGUUGUGAAACAAUGGUCAGAAGGAGUCCGGUUUCACCUGUACUCGGGAAAGCAAUGCCCCUGGCCCACCAUGGAGAAAGAGCGAAUCUAUGAGAAUCUUUACCAGCUCCUCUGCUCCGUGGUGAGGAACUGGCAGGGCUGCGAGGAGGAACAGGACAAACAGGCCGUCCUUGGGGCUGUGGCUGCCAUGCUGGAUGUCCUCCUGCAAGAGGAGCUGCACCGAGAGCGCAUCUGGGAGCAGCUCCUCCGGCUCGUGCACCACUAUCAGGAGGUCCGAGACAGUUCCAGGGUGACCAAGAGCCUCAGUAUCUUCCUGGAGGCCAUGGAGGGAGUUCAGUCUGUCGUCCCCAGGGACACGUUUCUGGCCAUCACCAGUGCCGUGUUCUACCAGCUCUCCGGUGACACAAAACAGCACAGCGAGGCUGAGAGCACACGGAUGACCCACUGCAUCCUGCUGCAGGCCCGCAUCUGCCCGGAGGAAACCAUCCUGUUUCUGCAGUCGCAGCUGGGCGAUGAGAGGGAGGCCAGACGCGUGGCAGCCCUGGGUCUGCUCGGUGCUCUGGCUCGCUCGGAUGAGCCUGUGAUGGCAGAGAAGCUGCCCCAGGUUGUGGAGGCCGUGCAGUGUCUGUGCGGGGACCUCAGGACGCAGGUGAGGAGGGCCGUUCUGCACUUCCUCAGGGGUCUGCUCAGCGCUGACGCCCGCAGCUGCUCAGCCUGGGAUGUGGUGGGCCACAUCUUCAGUGAGUUCAGCCGCAGCGCGGGAAGAAGGGCGGCCGGAGACCUUUCUAAGGCUUUCCUGUACAAGGCUCUUGGGACAGCACUCGGAGCUUGUAAGGAAGUCCUCCAUGUGCAAGAGAAGCUGCUGCAACACCUGGAGGAAGCAAACGCGGAGGAGCCAUCUGAGGCCCAGGGGAUGGUCUCUCUUCUCAGCCACGCUGCUGAGAGCAACUUCCAGCCAGUCCUGGAUGUGCUCACCAUGUUUGCGUCCAGGCUGUGCAAAGGCCGGCGUGCAAAGAUGUCCGCACGCAAGAAGAUGGAACAGGACAGCACAAGAGCCCAAGCCACACGCAGCGCUCUUAUGCUCGCCCACGGCAGCUUGGCGCUGCGUGCCUCCAAAGAUCAACUGCUCGCCCGCCUGGAGGGAGACAUCGUGGGCAACAUCCUGCUGCUCUACAGCUGCAGCUGCCGGGUGAGAGCUGGGGGCGUGCCAGGGUGCCAGAGCGCCCAGCCGCAGCCCCUCCACCUGGGGGGAUGCUGGAAAGAAAGUGCCGGGAAGGGAGGGAGAGGGAUGGCAGGAAGGGAAAGAAAAGAUGUCCACAGUGACGCAGAUGCUCUGCCCCAGGUCCUGCGGAGGUCAGUCGCCUCAGACAAUGCAUGGGAGCGCAAGAGGGCCUUGCAGGCGUGCUCCCAGCUGCUGGCUGCUUGUGAAGAGCUUCGAACAGAAGAUGCCUGCAAGCACUUUGGCUCCUUGGUGGGAUUGCUGGCGCCUCUGACCUGUGACCCCAUGCCCGCGUCCCGCCAGUUGGCCGUCACCUGCCUGAGCUCCCUUCUCCGAAUCCAAGCCAAGGUGACCAACGCGCUCAUCAAGACGGGAGACAUCGGGAGCCUGCGUGAGGGGCUGAAUGCCGGCAGCACCAUCUCUCAGCUCCAGACCUCGUCCAAAAUCGCGAGGGUCUGUUGCAGCAGCUUCCCCCUGGAGCGCAGCGUGGACUUCAUGACCGCCAUCAGGGAGACCUUCCGGGAGGCCAAAGGGAUGCGUGCGCGUGCUGCUGGGAAGUGGAUGAUCACCUUUCUGCAGAUGCACGGGAAGGACAUCCACUGGGAGGUGCCAUCGAUCCUCCACAUCCUGCGCAGCUGCAUGCGCUCCAUGCAGCAGACCAUGCUCCUGCCCAUCCUGUGCCAGGCAAAGAAUCAGCCCUGCAGAGCUCCUCUUUCUCCACGUCAGAUGACGCGUUCUGUUCCUGCCCGCCUCCCUCUCAUUUCUCUGUGCCUUCUUCAGCCUCGGCCUCCUUUCUCUGAGCAGCAGGUUGAGGCCAGCUGCCUCUCUAGCAGCACCCUUCCACCUCAUCUCUGCCUGACGCUCACCCUCUCUUGCACCCCUCUCAUUCUCAUCCUUCCUCUUGUGCUUCACUUGGCCCUGCCCCUGCUGUGUACGUGCCUGCAGGCCGCGCUGGCGGCAGGGGACGGCCACUGCUGA